AUGCAUGACCUCAGCGGCGGUAUCUCCAGCGCGGAUCAACCCCCGGACGAGAAGCUGGCCGCCGCGCAGCAGCACAGCGGCAAGACGAGCAACAAGUCCGGCCAUGCGCCCGCCGUCUCUCGCCGCGUCGAGGCCGCGCGCAAAGUCCACGAUGCCGCCCGCGACCUCUACAAGCGCGUCGUCCUCGAGCUGAUCCUGCGCCAGAAGCCGCUCAAGCCCUCCAAGGACGGCCGCCGCAUCCCUCUGCAGCCGGGGCGGGCCCCCCUGCACGACGAGCGCCGCGGCGGCCCCUACAUCUCCAACACCAUCCGUACCUCCCGCUACACCGUCUGGGACUUUGUCCCCAAGCAGCUGUUCUUCCAGUUCACCCGCCUCGCCAACUUUUACUUCCUGUGCAUCGGCAUCCCGCAGAUGAUCCCCGGCCUGAGCACGACGGGAAACUAUACUACGAUCGUGCCGCUGCUCCUGUUCGUGACCCUUACGAUCGCGAAGGAGGGCUACGAUGACUACCGGAGAGCCAGGCUGGACAAGGUGGAGAACGCGAGGCUGGCGACUAUCCUGAGGUCGCCCCAGGAGCUGGCUGCCAGACCGGCGAUACAACCACGGAAGUGGCGACUGCCGUUUUUGCCCAAGAAAGAGGUGGAAGAGGUGCCACUGCACCAGGAGGAGUCUACUUGCGGCCUGCAGUGGGCGCAUGUCCCAUGGCGGGACAUCAGGGUGGGAGAUGUCAUCCGGCUGACGCGCGACGAGGAUGUGCCGUCCGACAUCAUCCUGCUGCACGCCGACGGCGAGAACGACAUGGCCUACAUCGAGACCAUGGCCCUCGACGGCGAGACAAACCUCAAGAGCAAGCAGGUCUCGUCAGCGCUGAAGGACUGCACCACCAUUGACAGCCUCCAUGCGUGCCGGGCCGAGUUCGUCCUCGAGGACCCGAACCCGGACCUGUACCGCUUCGACGGCAAGGUCACCUGCGACGGCAAGACCCUGCCCCUCACCUUGACCGAGGUCAUCUACCGCGGCAGCACCCUGCGCAACACGCCUUGCGCCGUCGGGAUCGUCAUCAACACGGGCGAGGAGUGCAAGAUCCGUCUCAACGCCAACCGCCACCCGCGCGCCAAGAAGCCGCACCUCGAGCGCGUCAUGAACCGCAUCGUCAUCACCCUCGCCCUCUACGUCAUCCUGCUGACCCUCGGCUGCUCGCUGGGCUACCUCUUCUGGCAAAAGUCCACCGAGGACAAGCUGUGGUUCCUCAUGGGCGACAGCGUCGCCGCCCAGGAGAUCAUCAUCGGCUACGCCAUCCAGUUCAACAACAUCAUCCCGCUCGCGCUCUACAUCAGUCUCGAGAUCGUGCGCCUCGGGCAGAUGUACCUGCUGAGCAGCGACAUCGGCAUGUACGACGAGGUCUCCGACACGCCGGCUAAGUGCAACACCAACACGAUCCUCGAGGACCUGGGCCAGAUCGGGUACGUCUUCUCCGACAAGACGGGGACGCUGACGGAGAACGUGAUGAAGUUCCGCAAGCUGAGCAUUGCCGGCACGUCGUGGCUGCACGAGAAGGAUAUGCAGAUCGAAGACAGCGUGGUCCCUGCCGUAGGUGAGAACGCGCCCGGUGUCCGGUCGGCUCUUUCGCCCACCUCGCCAACCACACCGGGAGAACGGCGGAGCAUCGCCAUCCCCGAGGACUUAGAGCUGCCCACAGACAUGCCCAUGUCGCCCACCUCCGUCCAGACCGGCCGGCGAUCCUCGUCACACUGGCGCUCCGCUGCCCGGCCGGAUCAUGUGCAGCCUGAUCUGACGACGGAUGACCUGCUCGAGUUCAUCCGGCUGCGGCCGCACUCGCCGUUCGCCAAGAAGGCCCUCGAGUACAUCCUCGCCAUGGCCCUGUGCCACACCUGCCUCCCCGAGAUCAAGGACGGCAAGAUCGACUUCCAGGCCUCCUCGCCCGACGAGCUCGCCCUCGUCAAGGCCGCCCAGGAGCUUGGCUUUCUUGUCGUCCAGCGCUCGGCCCACUCGACGACGCUGCGCGUGACCGUCGGCCCCGCCGCCGAUGAGGUCUACGAGAUCCUCGACGUGAUCGAGUUCAGCAGCAAGCGCAAGCGCAUGUCCAUCAUCGUGCGCCGGCCCGACGGCCGCCUGUGGCUCAUCUGCAAGGGCGCCGACUCGAUGAUCCUGCCGCGCCUCAAGAUGGCGCACCUGGCCAUCCAGAAGGCGACCGAGGUGCGCAAGAGCGCCGACAUGGAGCGCGAGAUGCUGCGGCGCAGCGAGCACCGCGAGUCGCGGAGCAGCUUUGGCGGCAGGGCGAGCCUGACGCUGCGCCGGAGCCUGGCGCUGGAUAGCAUCCCGCCCGGCAAGAGGCCCGCCCUGACGACGCGGAGCCAGUCCUUCGAGACGAGCAAGCUGCGCGCGUCGGGAGACCUGAGGAGGCCUGCGCUGAUCACGCGAGGCCUGUCCUUUGACGUCUCGCCUUCGAGGCAGCCCAACACCCCGACCGGCGCGCAGGCGCUGCCCGACAAGUUUUCGUUCCUCAACGACGCGUCGCUGCUGGACGAGGGCGCCAUCUACACGCAGUGCUUCAAGCACCUCGACGACUUUGCCAGCGAGGGCCUGCGCACGCUGCUCUUUGCGCAGCGCUUCCUGCCCGAGACCGAGUACCAGGCCUGGCGCAAGCUGUACCACGACGCGACCAUCAGCCUGACGGACCGCGACGAGCGCAUUGAGGCCGUGGGCGAGAUGAUCGAGCAGAACCUGGACCUGGUGGGCGCGUCGGCCAUCGAGGACAAGCUGCAGAAGGGCGUGCCGCAGGCGAUCGACAAGCUGCGCCGCGCCAACAUCAAGAUCUGGAUGCUGACGGGCGACAAGCGCGAGACGGCCAUCAACAUCGCGCACUCGGCGCGCAUCUGCAAGCCGCACUCGGACAUCUUCAUCCUGGACGCGACCAAGGGCGACCUCGAGGCGCAGCUGCUGGGCGUCGUCGAGGAGCUGCAGCUGCAGCUCGAGACGGGCUCGCUGUCGCCGGGCGGGCCCGGCAGCCACCACACGGUCGUCUGCGUCGACGGGCACACCCUCGGCGCCAUCGAGGCGUCGCCCUCGGACGCCCUGCGCACCCUCUUCUACGAGCUCAUCCCGACCAUCGACUCGGUCAUCUGCUGCCGCGCCUCGCCGGCGCAAAAGGCCCUGCUCGUGCGCACCAUCCGCCAGACACCGCGGCUCGCGGCCCGCGGCGGCAACCCGGGGCUCACGCUGGCCAUCGGCGACGGCGCCAACGACCUGGCCAUGAUCGCCGAGGCGCACGUCGGCAUCGGCAUCUCGGGCAAGGAGGGCUUGCAGGCGGCGCGCGUGGCCGACUUUAGCGUCUCGCAGUUCCGCUUCCUGUCGCGGCUGCUGCUCGUGCACGGGCGCUGGAACUACGCGCGCACGGCCAAGUUCGUGCUGGCGACCUUUUGGAAGGAGAUGUUCUUCUACACGGGCACCGUGGCCUACCAGCGCUACAACGGCUACACGGGCACGUCGCUGUACGAGAGCUGGAGCCUGACGGUGCUCAACACGCUCUUCACGAGCCUGUGCAACAUCGUCCCGGGCAUGUUCGAGAAGGAGCUCGGCGCCGAGACGCUGCUGGCCGUGCCGGAGCUGUACGCCUACGGGCAGCGGGGGCGGGCGCUCGACACGUGGCGGUACGCCGGGUGGAUGCUGGGCGCCGUGGCCGAGGGCGUCGUCGUCUGGUUCGCGUGCUGGGCCGGGCUCGGCGUGUUUGGGCAGACGGGCCGCGGCGACGGCGGGCUGUUUGCGCUGGGCGACCUGGUGUUUAGCAUCAACAUCAUGUGGACCAACUACAAGCUGCU